CACUACAGUAUUAUACAUUAUCAUGGCUGUAAUUUUAUCACAGUCAUGACUAUGUAUAAAUGUCAGCCCUGUUUUCCCUUCUUGAGCUUGCUUUUUGACGUUCCUCUUAUAGGCAUUUCAUAAUACAUCUACUGAAAAAAGAAAGGGAAUUGAGCUAAAAAACAUUUGCAAUGUGCCGGAAACGUUGCUAGGAUUGCCAGGAAAAGCACGAAAAAGUGUGGAAACAAGAAAUUUGGCGAUUGCAUAACUCCAACGCCAUGAACAUGUACAGUUAGUGUUAAUUACAUUAGCUAAGGAUUUGAAGUAGGAGACUGCAUGUGUUCCAAGCUUCCAUCCACCAGUCAUGCAUCAACACUUCAAUGUCACCACACAUGGAUAUGGACUGGUAUGCCUGUGCUCAACACUGUAUUAGGGAACAUUAUCAGCAUGGUCGUAUUAGGUCACUGGUCACACAAAUAUCCCUCAAAAAUGGCAUGCAUUUAUCAAAAUAAUAGUGUAAAAAAACCAAUAGCAAAAAAACUCAAAAAAUUUUCGAAAAAUUAGUGUUCAUGUAUAUGUACAUAAUUAUGAAUGACGUUGUAACGGAUUGGAGUUAUGCACUCGCCAAAUUUCGCUUUUUUUGCUUUUCCUGGCAAUCCUAGCAACAUUAUUAGUUCGAUAGCUUUAUGGAUGUAUUAUGCAUGCAUGCAGUCUAUUUCAGGAAUAAUUUUUUUCAGACACCAUUAUACCGGCAUACACAUGCAGUCGUCUCCCCAGACACUAGCAGCUACUGUGCUGGCGGAGGUGUACCCUCACAACUGGUGGAGUACAUGACUGAACACAGCAUGACGCCCAUGCAUGAACAGGACUCAGUAUAUAGAGACCAUGCAUGCCGCAGUCUGUUAUAUUUUUUUGUGAAAGCAUUUUUUCGCCUAUGGUCGUUAUAGUUGUCUCGGUGUGUCCUUUCAAGCUGCCUGCAUGAUCUAUAGAUUAGAAUACAUGCAGUACCGUCUGUACACUAGACACCAUGCACGAGAAAACAUAUAAUGUCAAUCCAUUAUGGUUUCCUAUACAUGAGUCAUGUAGGAAACCAUAAUGGACAGGACACCACUAUGAGUCACUCACGAGUCACCUUCCAUUAGAGGUGUAUAUCGCAUGCUGACUGCUGAGUCAUUGCAUAUAGCAAUAUAGAUAGCUAGAUAUCAUAGCACCACCAGAAAUAUUUAUGCUCCCAGUAUAAACCAUGGAUAUGUUCACUGAAAUGUGCAUUACAUGCACCGACUCUGAAGAGGUGUUGGCAGCUAAGGAAAAGCAGAGGCUGGGGCUGCUCAAGAGUCUGUCCAGGAGUAUCGAAGAGGUCCAAUUUAUGUUUGCCAACCAGUCUGCCGAGCACCCUGACCAGGCGUACAUCGGAGACUGUCGUCCCGCCCACAGACUGUGUGCCCAGUUUGAGGACAUACUCAGACACGGGCUCAAGCCGGGAUGGUUUGGAGGGGAGACCACCUUCUGGCCUGUAGUGCUCAAAGCAUCUCGGGAACAAGCCAUGCAGUACAUCAAGGGGCUGCAGUAUGCCCAGACUGACAACGGCCGAUGUAGGGCUUGGAUUCGAUUGGCUGUCAACGAGUGUUCCCUGGAGAGCUACAUCAAUGUUAUCUGCCAGGACUCUUGGCUCCUCUCCUACUAUUAUGAAACACACUCCUUUGUGAGGAGUCAUGAGAUGGUGUCAGCUCUCACACAGCUGCUCGUGGGACUAACAGAGUUGACCUUCAAACUGGCUGUGGACACGGCCAGUCUAGAGUCCAAGGCAGUGAAUAGUGUACCACUCAAAUUGAAGGUGGUGGACGAGCCAAAGCAAGCCAACAAAGGCAAGGAGAGGAAGUUGUCCACAGAGAGCAAGGAGAAUGGAUCAGUGCCAGAGAACACCAGUGGAUCUGAUGACUCCUUGCCUGCCCCUAUAGCCGAGCCUCUAUGCAAUCCUAAACAAAAUGGAGAAGAGGACAUACAAGAAUUGCCAGCAAGAACCCCUGCAGAUAUACAGAAAUUACAAGAUUUAUCGUUAGACUCACGACUUGAGUUGAGGAGCAACCGUAUAACUGAACUAGAAAGGCAAUGUGCUAAGUUGAAGUCUGAGUCAGAUGGAUGGACUAGAAGUGCUGGACUAACGUUAACAUGGAGUAAGAAGCUAGCACGACUGUUUUCAAGUUUAGGGGGUGGUGAUAAUAGUAUAGAGUCAGUGAUGUCGUCAGCGAAUGAUCCAGAAGUGGAAGUGCAUGCACAUGAAAAUUCAGAGCCGAAAUUCUAUAGUCCAACUUCUCACAACAAUGUCAUCUCCCCUGACGAUGGAAGUGCCCUCACAGAUGUACAUGACUCGGGCCACGUCAUUCAUGAACAGGACUGACUACAUGCAUGCAGUCGUUACUUCGAAUAGGGAUUUUAACUUAUGUUGUUGUUUAGAAGAAUUUGGUUAAUAUCCUCACUGGUUUAAAUGUUAGUACAGAGCUGUGGCUUCCGCUCAGUGAAACGAGAAUUUCAAAGUUCAGUUCAAUGGUCAGAAUAUUCCACGCCUAUAUA